CAUCCGUGUGGGACUCCAGAUCCACCUCGGCUCGGUUCGGCUCACCAGGUCAACAUCUUCCUCCUGCACACGUUUCAGCUGCGGAUGCGCGCAACAACUGCGGAUGGUUAUGUUUGAAAAGGAGUCAGGAAACCAACUGGACCCGUCAGCAACAACAGCCAUGCCUUCCAACAACUCUGGAGCGAUCCUGUCGGAGAGCAGCAACGUGACUGCUACAGCAGCAGUGAAUGGAGAUACGCCCCUUAUUGCCGAGGGCCUAUCAGAGAACGACAGUGGCGUCGAGUUGACCAAUGAUAACAGCCCGCUGACUGCAGUGGAGCCGCCCUCGCCCUUCUGCCCCAAACAGAGCGGGGGCGCCGCUUCGCCACAAGAUGGUAACCAGCAUACGAGAGGAAGCAGGAAGAGGAGCAGGAAGAGGCCCGAGGAGGAGGAACCAGACUGGGACUCCUACAGCCACAAGAAGCCGUCAGGAACGUCUCAGUUGGGCUUGAGGCAGAGACCCAGACCAAGAACCAUCUACCAGGCCGGCCUGGCGGCGAACCCGCAGACCAAGCACCACAGGCAGAACCGCAAACAGGAGCAAAGCACCGUCAUGUACGUCGCUGGGCCUCGCAGAGCCACCGCCGUCGUAGCCAGGGAGACGCCACAGGCGCCAUGUUUGGAGCUGAUGGAGCAAGACUCCAAAGACUCGGCCCAGAGCAGCAGCACCACGUCCAGCGCCGAAGUCCAGCCCGAAUACAACGUGAGUCGAACUGUUUUCCUUCCCUGGAUAAAUAAAGGUUUUGGCGUCGGCGAGCUAGUCUGGGGGAAGAUCAAGGGUUUCUCCUGGUGGCCGGGCAUCGUGGUGACGUGGCGUGCAAUGGGCAAACGGCAGGCCAGCCACGGCAUGAGAUGGCUGCAGUGGUUCGGAGACGGAAAGUUCUCUGAGGUUUCAGCGGACAAGCUGGACUCUCUCAUGGCCUUCCCCAAGUUCUUCAGCCAGGCUUCGUACACCAAGCUGGCCUCCUACCGAAAGGCCAUCUUUCAGGCAGUCGAGAUGGCCAGUGUCAGGGCAGAGAAGACGUUUCCCCCCUGCGAGUCGGACAAUCCUGAGGACCAGAUCAAACCCAUGCUGGACUGGGCCAAUGGCGGCUUCCAGCCCAAAGGAGAGGAAGGACUCAAACCGACACGCAGCGCCAGUGAGCUAAAGAAAACAUGAGAUCGGUCGUGUACAGUAGAAGAGGUGAGCGUGUGUCUGUGUGUCUGCAGGCAGUACCCUCUGGACCACCAGAUCCUCAACGUCUCUCUGCCAGAGUAUUUCCCCAGCGCUAAGCGGCCCAAAGUCAGCUCCUGCAAGGCCAAGGCUGCGCCCGAGGAGCCCUGUAGCAGAGAACAAAUGGUGAAUGAAGUACAGAAAAAGAACCGAAGUAUUGAAGAGUUUUGUCUCUCAUGUGGAAAGAUGAGAGCAGUAACCUUCCACCCACUGUUUGAAGGAGGCUUGUGCCAAACGUGUAAGGAUGUGUACCUAGAGAUGUCCUACAUGUACGAUGACGAUGGCUACCAGUCCUACUGCACAGUCUGCUGCGGCGGCCGAGAAGUUCUGCUCUGCGGAAACGCCAACUGCUGCAGGUGUUUCUGCGUGGACUGCCUGGACAUCCUGGUGGACCCUGGGGCGUCCAACAACGCCCGGUACCAGGACCCCUGGCGGUGCUACAUGUGCCAGCCGCUGCUCCAGUACGGCGUCCUGAAACGGCGCCACGACUGGAGCCUGAAGCUGCAGGAGUUCUUCGCCAAUGAUAAAGGACAGGAGUUUGAGAAGCCAAAGAUUUACCCAGCAGUCCCUGCUGAGCAGCGAAGACCAAUCAGAGUCCUCUCCCUGUUUGACGGCAUUGCUACUGGCUACCUGGUUCUGAGGGACCUGGGCUUUAAAGUGGACCAGUAUGUGGCGUCGGAGGUGUGUGAGGACUCGAUCUCGGUGGGUGUGGUCAGACAUGAAGGAAAGAUCCACUACGUCCAUGAUGUCAGGAACAUCACCAGGAAAAACAUUCAGGAGUGGGGGCCGUUUGACUUGGUGAUCGGAGGAAGUCCCUGCAACGACCUCUCCAUCGUGAAUCCGGCCAGAAAAGGCCUGUUUGGAGGAACAGGAAGGCUGUUUUUUGAGUUCUACCGCCUGCUGAGUGAGGCCAAGCCCAAAGAAGGAGAAGACCGUCCGUUCUUCUGGCUGUUCGAGAACGUGGUGGCCAUGGGCGUCAACGACAAGAGGGACAUCUCCCGCUUCCUGGAGUGCAACCCUGUGAUGAUUGACGCCAUAGAGGUCUCCGCCGCCCACCGCGCACGCUACUUCUGGGGGAACCUGCCAGGGAUGAACAGGCCGCUCUGCGCCUCUGGGAUGGACAAGCUGGAGCUGCAGGAGUGUCUGGACCACGGACGGGUCGCAAAGUUCGGGAAGGUGCGAACCAUCACCACUCGCUCCAACUCCAUCAAACAGGGGAAGGACCAGCAUUUCCCGGUGCUGAUGAACGGGAAGGAGGACGUGUUGUGGUGCACGGAGCUGGAGCGUAUCUUUGGAUUCCCGGUUCACUACACCGACGUGUCGAACAUGGGCCGCGGCGCCAGGCAGCGGCUGCUGGGCCGGUCCUGGAGCGUGCCGGUCAUCAGGCAUCUGUUCGCGCCGCUCAAAGAUUACUACGCCUGCGAAUAAGCAGAAACCACAGGGACCUGAAGACGUCUCAGCCACUUUCGCAUGGAGAGAGUUACUUUGAUUUAAACCAGGGCUGCAGAAAAACCAGGGCGGCUCUUAUUGGACAAUUAAAAAGAGAAAAAGCCCAUCGAUUCAUCCAGAAUCAGAACCGGAGUUUAUUAAAGUCCCUAAGAAACGAUAAAACUCUAAACAAAUCCACUUCGUUCUCAUUAU